GAGAGCGAGAGAAGCCAGAGCCAUGGCGCUGCUCUUUUCCGCCAUCCGCGUGCUCCUGGGCCUUUUCUUUUCCGUCUGCGGGGUCGUCAAGCUGACCGAUCAGAUUUCAGGCGACGUUUAUGAGCAGCUGAAAUCGCAAUUUGUUCAGUUUGCCGACGCCUUUCCUCUGAAGGAGUUUGGCUACAAACCAGAGCCGAUCCGCUACCUGGAAACGGUGGGCUGGAUAGAACUGGCGGCUGGUUUGCUCCUGGCCUUUGGGCCUCAGCUGCUGCAGGAAAUCAGCAAUUUUGUGCUCACAAUCGUCAUGAUAGGUGCCAUCUACAGCCUCUUGGUUUUGAAGGAGCCGAUUGCCAUGUGUGCCCCGGCCACUAUCUCCCUGGGUCUUCUGCUUCUCCUCAAUAUCCGGGGAAGAGAGAGACCCACCAAGUCAAAGUUUGAGUGAGGGGGUGUCGAACUGGAGAGGACAGAAGGGGAGAGUUCGGAAAUGGCAGCAAAUCUCUUGUUGGCCCUUUUUUGUCUGUGUGCUUUUCACCCGUCCUCCCCUUGCUCGGUCCUUUUAAUCUUGGUAUAAACUGGGUCCUGUGGGUGUAUGAUCCAGGGGGUGUUUGUGACCUUGAAAUCACCAUAGAUCAGGGGGAGGAAGCCCCCUUUCUGCCCAGGGGCCACAUUCCCUCCUGGGUGACUUUCUGAGGGCCACAUGCCAGUGGUGAGCAGGGACCACAGGCAAAAGCAGGCACAGCAACAAAUGAAGUUUUUACCUUUGUACUGUAGGUUAAUUUCUAUACACACUCGCAAUCCCUUCUUUACCCUCCAUCCAGACAAGCCAGAGACAAUUGUCAGAGUUAAGGGACUUAUUUCUAUCAGGCAAUAAUGGGUGUGAAGCAGAGCCAGUGAGGACUGGGGUGGGGUGGGAGCACAACCAGCAGAGUCAUAAGGGCCAGAUAGAGAUGCUUGGGGGCGGGGAGCAUGGCUCUCUACUCCUGCUGUAAAUCGAUGGCAGCUAGACUUUGGGUCUUUCUCAGUUACCCUGUUUCCCAUCUUAGGCCUGGCAUAAGUGCUAAAUUAGCCAGGUGCUGCCUUAAUCUAUGAAUUUCAUAGCUUGGGGAAGUGGAGGAAGGAAAUGGAGUGGGAUGUGUGAAAUAAUUUUUGGGUAAUCCUUUGGAGAAAAUAGAAGCACACUU